AAGGAUAUGGCGAGCUUCAUUCUGAAAGUACCCAACUUGAGGAGCUUUACUGUUUCUGCUUCGGCAAAUGGGGCUCCUCCGGGAUCUGGUUCACAAAGUGGGGGUCCGGUGAUUUUGGAGCUUCCUCUAGAUAAGAUAAGGAGACCCCUGAUGCGAACUAGAGCUAAUGACCCAAACAAAGUGAAGGAACUCAUGGAUAGCAUCAAAGAAAUUGGUCUUCAAGUACCUAUUGAUGUGCUGGAGGUGGAUGGAGUUUAUUACGGUUUCUCUGGUUGUCACCGAUAUGAGGCUCACCAGCGCCUUGGACUCCCAACUAUACGCUGCAAAGUUAGACGUGGAACAAAAGAAACUCUUAGGUUUUGGUUUCAUCAGUUAUUCAUUUCUAUCAGAUUUCUAAUGCAUGGUUAUAUUUCUCGUGAACCUCUACUUACAGAGGUAUUAAUGCACUUUGCAGGCAUCAUCUUCGCUGAUGUGAAGUCCUUUUUGCAAAAUGUUGUAUGGCCACAAUCAAUUCUUGCAUUUUUGGUGUGUUUUUGUGUUACUUUUCCAGCUAAUUACAUAUAUAGAGAAGAGCUUAACUCAAUAAUUAUCGAACUUUUCU